UCGGCACCCCCGACUCCCACCACCUUCCACACACACCAUCCUUCUUUUUUUAAAUCUCCAGCUCUCGGUUUUCUCUAGAGGAGGCACAGAGAGAAAGCAGAGAUGGGACGAGCAGGGAGAAUGUUCCUGCCUCUUCGCAGCCACCAGCUUUCAGGAGAGCGCGGCAGCCCCCCCUGCCUGUGGACUGACCACUGAAAGGUUGACACCAAUCCUGGCCCGCAGAGGUGAUGAGGAAUGGAGGCUUCAGAACCUACCCACCCCACCCCGCCUGCCAGCGACCAGUCAGUUCCUGCUCCUGGUGUUCCGGGGGUUUCAGGUGGGCAGGCCUCACCUCGCCUGACCCUGGGUCCAGUCAUCCUGCCGCCAGAGCAGGGCCUGCCCCCAACUGUGUUCCUAAAGGCCUUGCCUGUCCCACUAUACCACACGGUACCUCCUGGAGGCCUUCAACCACGUGCGCCCCUGGUGACAGGCAGCCUGGAGGGGGCCAGUGUGCCUUUCAUCCUCAGUCCCUUGCUGCAGCCUGAAGGGCCCAGUCCCACCCAGAUGGGCAAGCCAGCCACCCCGGCCCUGACCGUGAACAUCGUGGGCACACUGCCUGUACUCUCCCCGGGUGUGGGGUCCACACUGGUCAGCACGGGCAGGCUGAAGAAUGCUGGGAAGUACCUGUGCCCGCACUGUGGCCGGGACUGCUUGAAGCCCAGUGUGCUAGAGAAACACAUCCGGUCCCACACGGGGGAGAGACCUUUCCCAUGCACCACCUGUGGCAUCGCCUUUAAGACCCAGAGCAACCUUUAUAAACACAGACGAACACAGACACAUCUCAACAACUCUCGACUAUCUUUAGAGUCUGAGGGAAGUGGGAGCAGCCUUCUGGGGGAUGGAGAUAGGCCUGGAGAGAUCGCCUCACUGGAGAGCAGGGGGGACGAAGGCGCGCCAGAGAACGCUCUUUCCCCUGGAGCCCACCCCACCCUCGCUACUAGGAACAGGGAAAGGAUGGUAGAAGCGGCUCCCUCUCUAGGGGCCAACCUUGCCCACAAGGAGACUCCUGUGGACCAUCCCCAUAUGGUAUCACCCGAGUUUCCACUAGUCAGCCCGCAGCCUAGGCGGAAGUUGCCAGAAUCAAAGCCAUCCUCCCUGCAGAGACAGCAGGAGACAUGCUCAGAGAAGCCCUGGGACUCCAAGGCUGUGGAGGGCCAGCUGAGGAAGUGUGAGAGCACAGACUCGGGCUACCUGUCACGCUCAGACAGCGUGGAGCAGCCUCCAGUGGCCUCCAGCCCCUUGCACAGUCUGUCGGAGCACAGUGCAGAGUCUGAGGGGGAAGGAGGGCCUGGGGGCGGGUCUGCAGGCAACAGGGCAGAGCAGGGAACACCGGGAUCCAGCCUGGAGCUGGAGAAGAAGAGACUGGAGGAGCGCAUUGCCCAGCUCAUCUCCCACAACCAGGCGGUGGUAGACGACCCGCAGCUGGACCACGUGCGGCCCCGCAAGACUGUGCUAUCCAAGCAGGGCAGCAUUGAUCUGCCCAUGCCUUAUACCUACAAGGAUUCCUUCCACUUUGACAUCCGGGCACUGGAGCCCAACCGCAGGAGGGCUGCCCUCAGCCCAGCUCGCUCUACCUUUACGCCCCUGGAGAAGACCAGACCCCUCUUCUUCCACUCUGUUCCCACCCAGCUCUCCACCACGGUGGAGUGUGUCCCUGUCACCAGAAGCAACUCGCUGCCUUUCAUUGAGGGUUCUAAGUUGUGGCCAGAGUCACGGGACCAGCAGGAUGCCUUCCCUUUGAUGCAGAAGUCCCUGAGCCCCAGGCUCACCCCAACCCGGCUGGGGGACCACCCAGGACUGACCUUGACAGGCAUCCCCAGUGGUCACCCUCGGGCCCUGGUGAGGCAGGCUGCCGUGGAGGAUCUGCCCUGCACCCCUACUGGAGACCCCUCAGCUGUGGCUGAAGACCCAGAUGGAAAGAGAUCUGUGGUAAAGGAGGGGAUGGCGUGCAGGGGCAGGGCCAGUAAGAAGUACGGCCAGAAGAAACAAAAGAUGUUCUCUCAGGAGAAAUGGCAGGUGUAUGGGAAUGAGACGUUCAAGAGAAUAUACCAGAAAAUGAAGACCAGCCACCAGGGAGGACAGAAACACAGGGACAUGAAGCAGGGCCAGGGGUCGGAACUGGACCUACCCUCCCAGGAAGAAGUGGUAGGGGCUGAGGGUGCAGGCCUGUCUCAGGACAAUAGGGUCCCUGUCCUUGGGGACGCUACAGUCGGGGCAAAGCCAGGACCUCUGGGAAGUUGGCCGUCCCUGGAAGGCUCAUUGGAGACCGAGUUUCCUAAGCAACUGAAGGCAGUGGCCAGAGCCAAGUCAUCUCCCACCCUUGGCAGCACAGACGCCCUUUGUCUGAACAGUAAGAGUCCUCUGCUCUCUCCGCAUGGGAAAUCAGACCUGGGAAGCCAGUUGCCUCCAGAGCCUGUAUGUCUCCAAGAAAGAGACUUAAAAGCCCCUGGGGUGGCUUUGCCAGACCGCAGUGGGGAAGUUACAAAAGAAACCUGCCCUGGAGACCAAACUCUCCUCAGACAGCCCAGUGGUGGGUCUGUGGGCCUCCAACUUGUAGAAGACAAGUUACCCUCAGAGAGAAAGAGACUGAAGGUGGAGGGGCUGGACCACCAGGAGCAACCAGGGCUUCUGGAAGUUGAGUCCUUGGGUAGCUCUGUGUGGGCUGACUCCCAACAACCCCAGAAACAGGACAGUACCUCUGAGAAGGUCCUGGACAGCUCAAAUGAGGGUAUCCAGCCUGUGACAAUGGCCCUGCAGUCUUCUAAUGCCUCCUCGGCUGUUGCUGCUGUUGCCCUGAGGUGGCCAGGGCUAGGGGACAAGGAUCCCACAUUGCCUUCUGUACCUAAGACUCCUGGGCUCCACUCCCUGCUGCCUGCCCAGCUCCAGGAUCCUGGCAUCCCUGCUGCUGUGUCAAGUGGCUCCUUUGCUCCCAAGUACCUGCUCAGGUUACCUCAGGGAGAGAAGCCCUCACCACAGGUUGCUCCAGGGCCCGGGAAAGGUCCAGACUCUCUGUGUACAAGUGCACAGCCUGAAGAACAGGCCCUUCUUGCUGAAUCAGAAUUGGAAGUGAAUGGGCCACCUAGAGCAUCCUCAGGCCCAGCUGAGGCAGGUGGUAUCCCAGAGGACCCUAGCUGGUCCAGGUCAAUGGAUGGAAGAGAAGAAACACAGACAGGAAGAGAGAAAAGAGACAGGACCAAUAGCAACAUCCCCACAGCUGAACUCUCCUCUGACCCCAACACCGGCACCACCCAGGAGACAGCUUCCGUCCUGCCUGCUCACACACGUGACACUCAUGUGACCAAGGGUGUAGUGAAUGAGACCCGUGCCAUCUAUUGCCUUUGCAUAGACAGCCCACCAGCAAAAGCUAGAAUAUACGACAAUCUUUUGAACCCUUGGACAUCGUCCCAGAAACUGGGGUCACCUAAGAAUGCCCUAGAAUGUCCUUCUUCAGAGACCAAGGAACGGCUGCCCCCCUGUUUUCCCUGGCAAGCACAUUAUUUCUUCACGUCUUUCACAAGGCCCCCGGGUUUACCCCUGGGCCAGCAGAAACUGGACUUGUCACACCAUGUAGGGACCCCCAAAAGCUGUGAAGCCCCAAGCUCCUUCCCCUCACUUAAGGCAGAGCCCCAACUCACCUGGUGUUGCUUGAAUAGCAGCCUGACCCUGCCUGCAGAACAGCAGAGAGCAGCUCCCAGGGACCUGGCUUCACGCUCACCUGAUGGGAGCCUCCAGGGUAAGAGCUGCAGAGUGCUGCCUCCCAAGAGCAGUGGAGGAAGGACCAAGACAAGCCGAGGAGGAGGAGGGACCACGCAGGCACCUGAGCUUCCCCACCCAACAGUCUCAGGAACGAGGGCCCAGGACCAGGAGUCCAGUCCACAGCGGAGGAAAGGACUGUGCCAUAGGAGGGUGAAGAUAUCUCAUGAGAUCAGCAAGAAGAAGAAACUGAGGCUUUAUUCCAAGAGAUAUGAAGGAAGUUUCUGGCAGAGAGCCAAACGACUGUGCAAGCCACCCUGGUUGCCAAGAAGAAGCUGUCUCCCCCACCGACUUGAGGGACUGGAGCCACGAGGGACCCUUGGGAAGGCUUCAUUAGAAGCGGCAGGUCCGCAUCUGCAAGGAGAGCCAUCUUGUGCCAACCCAAACCUGCCUGUUGGUCGUGGGAGCAAAGAGAAGGAAGGUGACUGCCAACAAUCUUCAGAACCCAUCUCCCUUGGCACAAAAACCAUCUUGGAAAGAGACAGCUUGACUCUAAAGGAUGUUUCUCCAUCUGCUGGUGAGCGUAAUAACUGUUCUCAGGAGAAGGAUCAUGUCAAUGGGUCAGGACAAUCUCUGCCAUCCAAUGUGUGCUUGACAAUGUUUCAGGAAGAUCCCCUGCCCCAGGGCAAGGGUUCUGAUGUAGGACCCCCAGGGACUCCGCUGCCACCUUCCCAGGAUCAAGUCUCCUUAGUUGCCAGCCUGUGUAUCUCCCCAGAUGAUUCAAAGCCGCCUCCGUCCCUUAGAUCGAAAGGAACAUUUCCCCACCGUGACAUUGCUACCUCUGUGGCAGCCAUCUGUGUUCCUACGGGGACACCAACAGGACACAGAACACUGGGGGGUCACAGUGUGGAGUCACAUAUGGAGGAGACACUGGCCCAAAGCUCCCCAGAUAAAAGAGCCAUUCGAGAAAGCAUAGCACAGGCACUCCUGCCUAGGAGACCUUCACCUAGCCCAAUAUCACCUGGAAGAACGCGUUUAGAAAUGCUGCCAUCAGGUCCAGGUUUGACUAGUUCACACCAGGAGGAAGUGAGACCCCAGGCAGAUCUUCCCUCCUGGACCCAGUAUGGGCACAGGGAAGUGAGCGUCCCAUGUGCAGUUUUAGGAAGUGAGAGUAGCAUAUGUCACACAGAAGAAUUCAUUACCCCCAAGAGUGUCAUGGCUCCUUCUGACCAAGGACAACCCUCAGAGGUCUCUGAAGCCCCCUUGAAGUCCAUCCGGAAAAGGAGUUUGGAAGGAAUGAGAAAACAGACUCGGGUGGAGUUGAGCGAUACCAGCAGUGAUGAUGAAGACAGACUGGUUAUAGAGGUAUGAUGUGCUUCAGGAGAAAGAUGGUGGCCAUGGCCAAGGACUGGGGAUGCUCAGAGAUAACAUCACCACUCACACAACAUCCAUAGGCUAUGAAAGCCGUCUGAGGGUCCUUCAAGCCAGCUCUAACCAACACGAUGCCCCGAACCAGCCAUACCUUUCUUCAGUGUCUCUCAGACAGACUUUGGACUCUUCCACACUGAGCUGGAAGAGCCAAAAUGGCCAGAAUUACCAUCUCAAGAGGCUCAGCAUCCACAGCUCCAACAUGACACAGUGAUCCUCGCCUGCCUCAUGCAGUCAAAGGACACUAACUGGAAGAGCCAUAUGUGACAUCGUUCCUGACCAGGGAGACCCACAGGGUCAAGCUCCUGACAUCUCCAUCACUAAGUGAAGAGUGGCAAACAUACUUGGGGUCACUGGGGUGGCUUGAGGAAAAAGGAUGGGGUACGGACUGGGCACCAAGAUGGUUCUGUGAACUUUGGAGACUAAGUCCAGAUGCAUUAAAACUGGUCAGGGCCAGCCAGCCAUCCCAGUGGACAAUGUAAAUAUGUCAUAAUGCCUAAGGCCCUUUUAAGUGUUGCACAAAUGGUCAGUACCUGUUUCUGUUCCAGUAGCACGAGCACGUAGGGCCCUUGUACAUGUGCCUUUCCUGUUAGACCCCCCCCCCAGUGCCAAAAAAGCCUUGUGUUUUUGUUUUUUCUUUUUUUAGAUCUUGCAAAGGAACAUUGCAUUAAGUCAGUAAAAUAGUCACUGCAAUGAGUCAUUUUUUUAAAAGGGGGAAAAUUCACUUAUUUCCCUCUGAUUAUUUUCGUCAUAUUGGGCUCUGAGCAAUUUCAAUUAGAGGGCUACAUUUUAGCAAUCUGUACAGAUUGAACUGAUGCCUGUUCCUCAUGAUGGAGUCUUUUAGGCUUCCUCUAGAAGCUUCCAGGACAUAAAACUAAUUGGAGUUCUGAUGCUGUUUUACAUCUUGGUAAUUUUAUUUUGGGGACUUGGUGUUAUUUUGCUGUCAAAUUAAAUCAACCUUUGCGUUGGGCAUUUCAGAACAGCAUGGAUCAAAUCCCCCAGUAUUUCAAACCGGUGCACCCCUGUGCAGAGGCAAAUAGGUCUGUGUCAGCCAGCCCUCUAUGCAGGCCCCAGGUUCCCAGACUUCCUCUUCGUUCCCCUUAAGUGCAAGGGGGAAACUUGAAGAAGUUUACACUGUUCAUUCCUCUACAAUUUCCUACUUGCCUUGGUUUGAUUUUGUACAGUUUGUGAUUUCUGGCUGAAUGUUCGGCUUAACUCUAAGGUGAUGAUGCUCACGUGACAUCUUGUACUCCCAGACAAGGCAGCCACGAGAAGCAUCUCAACACGUGUGAACCCAGUUUCCUAAGUCCUUACUGUGAGGAAGAUUGACCCACUUUCGAGUAUUCUCAUGUCACCUUCCCAGCGUGGCUGUUAUUCACUGAGAACUCCAACGCCACAGCAAACGCAACUUCCUCUUAGUAGGUCCUUCUGUCUAUGGUCAUCACAUACAUGCUUAGAUAGCUCAGUGAUGGCAAACCCAGCCAACAGGAGUUGAAAAGAACUAGACGUCACCUCUGUAUGCUUCUUAAAGCAAAUGAGAACGGCACAGUGGUCUCUGCCCUUUGGAUGGCCUGUGCCAGAGAAGGGCAGCUGAGGAAGAGCUCUAGGGGAGGCACAGUCCUGACCCGGUCUUUAGCUGGGAGACCUUGGGGAUGGCUGUCUCUGUGCAUGACAGUGAGACCUGGUCAGAGGAGCUCACUUGUGUCUAUAGGGCUGAAUCCUGGUGGGAUUAGCUGAUUGAGAGACCAUGGCUCCCUUUAUAGCUGGGUCUUCAUGGGCUGGAAAUGUCCCCAUGGAAGCCAUUGCUCCAGAGUCGUCAUUUUGGGGAACUGAUUCACAGAUAUUGUUAGGCUACUCCUGCUGUGUAGUAUAUGAACUGAGGGAAGGGUCCCCUAAUUACGCCUGCUAUGGAAUUCCUGAUUUAGGGGAGCAUGAGGCUCUUAAUCUCAACAUCAUGGGUUCGUGCCCCACAUUGGGCACCAUUUUACAUGAGGAGGCUGCAUUUAGUUUCCUGGCUGCCCAGACCCAAAUAAUCACACAGAAACUACAUUAAUUACAACACUGAU